AUGGCGAUCUGCGCGCCAUCGUACGGUAUUUUCUGCCUCUUCUCCAUCCAAACUGUACUUAUCAUAUGCGUCUCCACGCCGACGGACGGGACCCACCUCUUCCCCCAGCACUACACAAUGAUUCACUGGGCAGGACGCAUCGAGAAGGAGCUGGAAAAGGUUCUGCAGCACGUCACCGGAACUCAGCAGAUGAGAUCGAUUUAUAAUGAGAAGAAGAGCCAGUUUGAAAUCAAGAGAAACAACCCCAAGGACUUGGUGGAUAGAGUGGCCCGGGACAUCGCCAAGCUGCUCAACAGUAAGAGGAAAGCCCUGGAGAAACUGGCCAGAGAGGCGGAGCAGCUUCAGAAGGAACAUGUAUGGCAAGACGGUGUGACGGAGAAUGCCAUUUCAUACUACGAUUCCAAAGCGGAUUCAGAUUAUACAGAGGAUGGAGAAGAGGAGAACCCGCUGGAGAGCGCAACGUCUUUGGAGCUGGAGUUUGUGGACGAUCCCAAUUUUAAAAACAAGGUCAACUACUCUUCCAGUGCAGUUCAGAUUCCUACAGACAUAUACAAAGGCUCCCCCGUCAUACUAAACGAGUUGAACUGGACCCAGGCACUGGAGAGGGUCUUCAUUGAAAACCGCAAGGAGGACAGCUCUCUUCGCUGGCAGGUGUUUGGCAGUGCCACAGGAGUGACUCGAUAUUACCCAGCAACUCCAUGGAAGGCUCCCAAAAAGAUUGACCUGUACGACGUCCGCAGAAGACCUUGGUAUAUCCAGGGUGCAUCAUCUCCAAAGGACAUGGUCAUCAUUGUGGAUGUGAGUGGAAGUGUUAGUGGACUCACUCUGAAACUGAUGAAAACCUCUGUAGAGAAGAUGCUGGACACUCUGUCAGAUGACGACUAUGUGAAUGUGGCCAGGUUCAAUGAGAAGGCCGAUGCUGUCUAUGCGUGCUUCAGGACUUUGGUCCAAGCCAACGCUCGGAACAAGAAGAUCUUCAAAGAGGCCGUCGGGGAUAUGCAAGCCAAAGGAACCACAGAUUAUAAGUCUGGCUUCACAUUUGCCUUUGAACAGCUUCUCAAUGAGAGCAGCGCCCCGAGGGCCAACUGCAAUAAGAUGAUAAUGAUGUUUACAGAUGGCGGGGAGGAUCGUGCACAGGAAAUCUUUGAGAAGUACAACUGGCCCAACAAAACGGUCCGUGUCUUCACCUUCUCUGUUGGCCAGCAUAAUUAUGAUGUCACCCCUUUGCAGUGGAUAGCUUGUGCCAAUAAAGGUUACUACUUUGAAAUUCCAUCAAUUGGCGCCAUCAGAAUCAACACCCAGGAGUACUUGGAUGUCCUGGGUCGUCCCAUGGUGCUGGCUGGGAAUAAAGCAAAGCAGGUGCAGUGGACAAACGUCUACCAUGAUGCUCUGGGUUUGGGCCUUGUCAUCACUGGAACGAUGCCGGUCUUCAACCUCACUGCUGAUACUACAAGCUCUCAGAACCAGCUCAUCCUCGGAGUCAUGGGAGUAGACAUUGCAAUCAACGAAAUCAAAAGGAAGACACCUACAUACAGACUUGGAGCCAAUGGCUACACCUUUGCCAUCGACCCGAAUGGCUACGUACUGCUGCAUCCCAACCUACAACCCAAAAUCAAUAACUUCAGGGAGUCCGUCACUCUGGACUUUCUGGAUGCUGAGUUGGAGGACAGUAAUAAGGAGGAGAUCCGUCGACAGAUGAUUGAUGGAAAACCAGGGCAAAAGAAAAUCAAGACGCUCAUUAAGUCAGUUGAUGAGAGGUACAUUGACGAGGCCAUGCGUACAUACACAUGGACGCCUGUGGAUGGCACAGAUUACAGUCUAGGGUUGGUACUGCCCACAUAUAGCGAGAACCACAUCAAGGCCAACCUUAGUGACCAGAUCCUUCAGGUGCAGUAUUUUGAAUCACUGCUGCCAAACAGUUUUGAGUCAGAAGGACAUGUAUUCAUUGCUCCCAGGGAAUACUGCAAUGAUCUGGAACUGUCCAACAACAACACUGAGUUCCUGCUCAACUUCAUUGCUCUCAUGGAGAAGGUGACACCGGAUUCCAAACAAUGUGACAAUUUGCUCCUUCAUAACCUGAUUCUGGACACUGGCAUCAUCAGGCAGCUAGUCGAGAAAGUGUGGAAGAAUAAAGACUUGAAUACAUAUGGCUUUCUGGCCGUGUUUGCUGCAUCAGAUGGAGGUGUAACGCGAGUGUUUCCCAACAAGGCUGCAGAAACCUGGGAGGAGAACCCUGAGCCGUUUAAUGCCAGCUAUUACCGCCGCAGUCUGGACAACAAGGGCUACAUCUUCAGAGCACCUUAUCCAACAGCCCGGGACAGGCUGCUGACCCCAGAGAACGACACCAUCGGGAUCCUGGUGAGCACGGCUGUGGAGAUCACAGUUGGAGGGAAGACCAUCAAACCUGCAGUGGUCGGUGUGAAACUAGACCUUGAAGCCUGGACGGAUAAGUUUAAGAUUCUUGCAAGCAACCAUACAGACAACCAUCAGGGCUCGAAUACGUGUGGACCAAACAGGGGCUGUGAAAUGGAUUGUGAAGCCAACAGUGAGGAUCUCCUGUGUUAUUUAGUAGAUGAUGGUGGAUUCCUCAUCAUGUCUAAUCAGAAGGAUGACUGGAACAAGGUGGGCAUGUUCUUCAGUGACGUUGAUCACUACUUGAUGUACGCGCUCUACAAUAAUUCCUUCUACAACCGCAAGCGGUCAUUUGACUACCAGUCUGUGUGUGAACGGAUACCCAACAGUGAAGCUGGAGCUGCACCCAGAGCAGUGUUUGUGCCCACAAUUGCAGAUUUUGUGAACGUGGCUUGGUGGACAUCAGCAGCUGCAUGGUCUUUGGUCCAACAGUUUAUAUAUGGAUUGGCUUAUCACAGCUGGUUCGUCACAGAUGAGGUGAAUGCAGAAGGAAGCGACUCCAAAGAGCGGAGUUGUGUAAUGAUCCAGACCCAGUACUACUUAAGUAAUCUCAGCAGCUCCUACAACAUCCUGCAAGACUGUGGCAACUGCUCCAGGCUGAUUCAUGCCAAGAAGAUAAACAACACCAACUUGCUGUUUGUGGUGGCAGAGAAGAUGCCAUGCAACACCUGCGAGAUAAAGAAGCUGUCCCAGGAGGAGGAGGAGUUCAAGGAGGAAAUUCCAUGUGAAGAAGUGACUAUGGCGCGCUAUCGGAAAGGACCUUCCACCUGCUUUGACAACAAUCUCUCUGAGAACACAUCCGACUGUGGACGGGGACACUCCUUCCGUCCAUCCCUCUACACCUUACUGCUCAUUCAGCUGCUUCUGCUUUAUCCAGCCGUCAGCCCCCACUGUCACUCUCUACUACAUUAAUUCAACUUUCCUCCACUAAUCCUCCUUUUAGCCUUCCUGACCUAAAUCCCUCCGACCCCACCACCCACAUACAUGCCCCUAUGCCAUCAUGAUAUAGUCAUAGGUAAUAAUGGGACUUCUCUUUAUGGCACAUUGGAAGCCCUGAGUGCCGCGCUACCCAGCUCGCUUCAGUUUGUGUCGCUUAGUGACAACUGCCGGACAUUUGCGUCUUCAGCCAGUUAACCUUCAUCUGCAAGAGGAGUAGGUGGUGCUGGACCACCUGGAUAAUCAGAGGAUGUCAGAAAAGAGAAAACAACCCCACCCCCCUUAAUGACCCCACCACCACCAUCCGCGGAAGGGAGGGGAAAGAGGACAGGCCGAUGUCCUCGCCUCAGACCUCCCGCCUCAUACAGACUGGAGAGUUGAUGUUGUCUGUCUGCCUUUGGUCAGACAGACACUGGAACUUCUCCCUCUUCUUCUCUCCUCCAUCUCAGAGUCUCACCGCUCUGUCAUUCGCCUCUGGGACGAGGCUGCGGACCAUUCAGCCAGUUAUAGCUACCAUAAAAGAAAAUAACAGAAAAAAAAGAGUUGUCAAGUAUACAAAACGUCAAGUAUAAUCGCUGAAGUGAUGAGUAUUCCAGACAAACAGUAUAUGUAGGUUUAAUUUGAAGAGGAAGUUGUCAGUUGUUUAUCUAAAAAUACAUAAAUUAAUGUAUGCACUAUAUCUACUUGCCAAAAUGAGAUAGACUUUCAUGUGGUUUUAUUUUGUAGAGCCAAAACAUAAGGAGGAAAUGGCUUCUGAUUUAGAUCUAGGAUAAUCCAUGAGAGGACGAGGAGACACUCAGAAACUGAAUGCAGAUUCAUUUUGUGCAGUGCCUAAUUACAGAUUAAAGUUUUUAAAAGACGUCUACUGGGGAUUAUGGUAAUGACACGAUGAUAAUCGCAUUUCUUGAAGUAUUUUUUCUCAUAUUUACAAUUUAAGGCUAGUGCUAUCUAGCUUACACACUAAUGACAGCUGUAAAAUAUGAAUCAGUAUUCGGUGACUGCCGAUUCGGAGCAUCGUUGAUCUGUAUUAUUCUCAAUUGACCUUUCUGACCUCUGGUUUUAGACUGAUGUUUGAAAAAAUAAAUAAGAAAUCCCUGUGCUCUCUGACAGGAAAGCUCAGCUCUGCCAAUCCUCAUGAGGCUUCUCCAGUAACCUCUACUAACGCUCCUGAUCACGAUUUGUAUAUGUGCUUCACUUCUGGUCAUACAACAGACUCACCAGGAUCUCUGCCUCAUGGCUGUAUCGUCGUAGUACUGGAUGGGCUUUUUCUUUUCUUUGGGGGCUUCUAUUACCUUUGACUGAUGCUGUUCAAACUUCAAAACCAUUCGCUGCUGGGGGAUUGGGGCUUAUCAACAUUUCCAACAAAAGUGCACAAGAGGCAACUAAAUAUGGUGAUCACGUAUAGUAGUAGUCUGGUUGUAAUCCGUCGCCGUUAAUCAUUUGAUCAUUACGAUGUUUAGGAGCCGCUCUGUUUCAUAGUGCCUUGAUGCACUUUGUUUUGGACCACAUUGGCUGUAUAAGAGUAGAGCUACUGUAUAGUACCUUUAUAAAGCAGCCACCUUUGAAGAGCUUGUGAGACUGAAUCUGUCAGCUAUAAAAAUAGCUUUACUCUGAGCCAUCGGACUGGCCGGCUCUCGCUUAAUGUAUUUGCCCUCUCGACUGUGGUUGCUCCAGAGCCACCUGGCUGUCAUCCUAUGGAGUUACUAUACCGUUCCUUUACAAAGCCAUGUAUAGAGCUAUGAUACACUAUCCGUAUACAGCGACUUAACUGGCCAUAGAGCGUAUUUAGGGCCACCUGACUGCUAUAGUUCUGCCUGAAUCGUAUGUGUUUGUGUUUGGAUGUGUGCGCGUGUGUUAGUUUGCGUUGAAAACCCUUGAAGGGAAUGUCUUUAAAAUGAGAAGUGGAGUGUAUGAGGGACAACAGUUGUGGUAGCAUAGCUGUAUUUCCUGUUCCUGUGUUGCAACGGACAAAACCCAGCGUUGUUGUGGAGGAGAAAAAAAAGGGAUUUUACUGAAACAAACAGAAUCCAUCUUUGACCAUCAGUCUGCCUAAAUGUUAAUCUACUAGAGCAGAGGUGUCCAAAAGAAUGUGUAGUUCAUCCGUGUUUUCUGCUUCAAAUGCAACAUAGUUAAAGCCUCUCUAAAUGCCUUAGUGUUACACAGUACGGAGCUCUGAUAUGUUUCCCUCCCUCAUGUUCACUCACGCACACACAAAAUGAUCCUCCAAAAUAUUCACUCCCUGGGUUUUCUUGGUGUUCUGCAGUAAGUAUAGUGAGCUCUAAUUUUGUAUUUUUGCGUCUUGAAAUGGUUCGUUAUUGAUUGAUGCCUGAUUGAUGUUUUGAUUAACUGCUUGAAAGCCAAGUGGGAGUUUUAAAUUUCAAAAAGCAUCCGACCUUCAAUGUUCACACCCACCCAAACCUCACUUUAUUGCUCCGGAGGGAUGACUCGUGCUACAAUUUGAUCCUUAACUACUCACUCUGUACAGUUGUUGGUACUAUUUGAUGUGACAAACAUGCUGGCACAGUAACUGCAGUGCGGCUCCGAACAAAUCGGACUCAGAGAAACAAAAGACGGCGAAAAUUUAAAAAAUGUGUAUUUCCAAUUUGGCUCCUUUCACUUCCCUAUCUAUCAUCUGAUGCCGGAUGCAGUUUUACUUUUCUGGCAUUUGUUUGUCUCUGUCCUGUGCCAUUUAAUUCUGUCUGUAUUUCCCCAUUUCCACUGUCUGUAAAUGAGUGCUACACGUGCCUGUGGAAAUGUACCCCCUGCAACUUCCUCUCUUUACCUGGUUCUGUACGCUUACAGUCCUCACACACAAACUAAGUAUGUAGGCCUACAGUUUUUUUGCACCGCGACAUUAUGCACAACACACACCUAUAAGCGAACAUGUAAUGACACUUAUUGCCCAGCUGGGAGAUGUCAAUCACUAGGCAGAAGUAAGCCACGGAUGUCACCUCCCAGGUGUUUUUUUGGUGAGCGGGUGAAUGUCAGAGGCGAGCUCAGGGAGUGGGUCUCCACAGAGCAGCACGGUCGAACAGCAGGUAAUGGAGGAAUCAUGUCGUGACGUCUGUGUGUGCAUCCGACAGAAAAAAGUCUUCUGAAGCGGCCACAUGUCUGAUUUCUGUGGUUUGACAAAUUUACUUUUGCCAACAAAAAAAAAUCCAAAAAAAAUUGAGAAUUGGACCAGCUUGGGAAUGAUGAGAGGGAGGGGUCAGCUUUAGGACAGGACCCGGAAAUAAGUAUGGGUUGGUUUUCAGAAAGCCUCUUGCCCCCUCUCGACCCUCGCUGCAUCUGUGUUGGUGCGUCUCUGUGGGAAAGAUAUGUGCGUAUGUGAUUCUGUAGUCUGUAGUCUGGUGCUAUGUGACCAUGUUUGACAAGUGUGUUUAAAAAUAACAGCAACAUUUAGAGAAACAAAAAAAAAAAGAGUAAAAUCAGUCAAAUUGUAAGUGAAGUUAUAAAAAAUAUAGGAAUACAGCACUGUUGAUAAGUUUGAGAUCUGAAGUCAAAAUGUUUUACAUUUAUUUUAUUUUAUUUUUUCUUGUACGUCUGUGAGUGUGAAUGUUUGUGUGCUUGGAAGAUUUAGCUCCUUCUUUUCUGGACACUGGUCCAUGUCGCUCCAUUCUUUUGUACAGAUGAAGCUAAAAAAAAAGGAAAAAAAGAGAGCAAAAUUUGUAAAAUAUUGUGUCUGUGACUCCUUGUAAAAUAUUUUCAAAUUGUU